AUGGAGGCCAAAGCAGAAGAACAACUAAAUAAUCCAAACCCAUCGCAGGAACAGUCCAUUAAGCCUGGUGAAGAAAAAGUUAGCCAUUACAAAAGCAUCAGGCGGGAUAGAGAGUUCCUGGGUUAUGACAAAGCCGAUAAAAUGACCCGGCGCGUUAUCGCGCCUUACCUUCACGUUGUGAGACGAGGAACCGCGGCACAACCGGAAAAGAAGGUCGCAAUAUAUGGAAAGACUUUCCAAGAAAUGCUUCGAAAAAAACCUAGUGUUUUAAUAAAAGAUCUUUCGGAGUAUUUAUCAGACUUCGUCGACCUGCCUGCACUUCUGCAUGACACGGCUGAUCUUCUCAAGUUUGUGACAAAUAGUACAGAAAGAGGUAAAACAAUAGCGGCAUUUGUGGCAGCCACCAGAAAUUUUAUCAUGACGAAUGAUGUUUUGGGAGAUGAGCGUUUUCCCGAAGGAGUAGGAUGGAAAGGACCUACAGUCAAAGCUGUUCUUUGUGUCCCAAUCUUAACCCAGGAAGAUGAAUGUUUUGCUAUUGUUGAACUCUACAAAGAAUCUGAAGAAGUGUAUGACGAUAGAGACCUUCAGGUGGUGAUGGGUAUAACUGGGUGGAUGGGAGCAGCAAUCCAACAAAACCAGAUGCGCCUAAUUCUUAGAAAACAACAGCAGCUAAAUGAUUAUUUACUGGAGUUCACCAGCAAAUACUUCGGUGAUAACGUGCAAAUUGAGCAAAUGAUUUCAGAAAUUGUUAAUUUUGCUAAAACUACCCUGGGUGGAGAACGCGGUUCAUUCUAUGUUGUGCACAAAGAUAAAAAUAAUAAUGUCGUAGCUGACUUAUAUGACGAGGCUUUAGAUGCCAGCAUUAACAAACUAUUGAAACGGAAACGAGCUGUGAAAUUCAAUAAAGCGCGCCAUUUGGCAGCUUUAACUGCACGCGCUGGAAAAAUUAUAAAUAUUCGAGAUACCAACACUGACCCAAGAUUCAGCACUGAUUAUGAUAUUGUUACUGGACAAAUUACUAGAACUAUUCUUAGUGCCCCAAUCAUGACGGAAGAAAAUGUACUAGGAGUGAUACAAGUAAUGAAUAAAGUGAAAAGUGAAUAUUUCACAAAUGAAGACGAAAAGUUCAUAAGUACAUUUGCAACUUAUUGUGCUCUUGUACUCCAGUAUGCUCGAAUAAACGAUGCAAAAACAAAAGGGGACAGCAAAAACGCUAUGUAUAGAGAAAUGUUAACAUAUCAUAUGAGACCAACAGUUGCCGAAGUUAAGCCGUUUUUAUCGCAACCAUUAUUACCUACCCAGCCAGAAGGAAUUAUGAAUUGGUAUAUUAGUCCAAAAGAAACUGGGCACAUGUCUCAAAUUCUCUACUACAUGCUAACAUCAGUAUGUGGCGACCGUUUCCCAAAUAUAAAGAAUGUAGCUAAUUUCCUAAUAAUGAUUCGAAAAUCAUAUCGCGAACAACCUUUCCACAAUUUCGAGCAUGCCUUCAAUGUAACACACUGCAUGUAUACAAUUCUUAUCAGGAACUUGCAAAUAUUCACAGAUACAGAGUUAUUGAGUCUAAUGAUAAGCGCAAUGUGCCAUGAUUUGGAUCACAGAUCAUACACGAACAACUUUCUACGUAUUACAAAUCAUCCACUUUAUCAGUUGUAUGAAAGUUCUACAUUAGAACAUCAUCACAUAUUUGUUGCCAAACUAAUUCUGGAAAUAUCGGGAUUGCUAGAUUUUCUAUCAAAGCAUGAAUAUCAGCAAAUGAUGACUCUAUUAGAAGAAAAUAUAUUAGCAACUGAUUUGGCAGUAUAUUUAAGAAAUAGCUCGAAACUAGCAAAAGUUUUACUAGCUGACAAUUUUGAUCUAGAUGAUGAAAUGGAUAAGUAUUUAUUAAGAAGCAUUAUAAUGACGUGCUGUGAUUUGUCAGGAAGCUGCAAACCUUUCAAAAUAUCCAAAAUCAUUUGUCAUGGAUUAGUGAAAGAAUUCUAUCAUCAGGGUGACCUGGAAAAGGAUAUGGGCUUUGUCCCUUUGCCAAUGAUGGAUCGUCUGAAACAUGAUAGAAUCCCAGAAGAACAAAUUCGGUUUAUGUCUAUCAUUUGUCAGCCAGCAAAUGAAUUAUUAGUGUCCUUACUACCAAACUGCGAGCCAAUUUAUAAUUUAACCAAAGAAAAUAUGGAUACUUGGUAUUAUGUUCAACAAUCCAGACAUGAAAGAGAAUGGAAACCAGAAGAAUCAUAUCCUCGUAAGAAGAGAAAAGAAAGUAAUAAAUAA